AUGGUGCGAUAUGUGCAGCGUCCGUGGUUCUCGCCGCUCGGCUUCAUGGCGUCAAGCCCGACUGCCUACGUGCCAAUGAUGACCUGCAUCGCCCUCGCCAUGAUCUUUCCGUUUCGCUACCAAAUCUCCGAGUAUUUUGAGCGCCAGCACGAUGGCGCGCACGUGGAGCUGCGCCGCAAAGCUGUCAAGUACUACACUGAGAUGGAGCGGAUGCACCGUCGGCAGGCGCUGGUGAAUCUAGAAAGCAUUCAGGACGACAACGCGCCGCACCGCCUCAGCGCGGUGCUGUCGGUGGAGUCAACUCAGGCCGGCAACCUAGAUCAAGAGUACAACUACUGGUACGCCCACGAGCGCGACGCGAUCCGGGCAGAGAAGCUGAUGAUGGAGAUCCGCGAGCUGAAGGCGAAGAUGGCUGCUGACAGCGCGUGA